CCUUGUUUGUCGACCUUAAUUUUGGCGCCAAAUCUGCAGUCCCAUGUUUCUUCUAUUUCCCGCUCGACCGGAUUUAAUAUGAUCGGAAUCUUCAAGCAGAGAGAGAUUAUUGAGUAAAUUGAUCUAAUGGCGUCGAAUUCGGAAGAGGGGGAAUCGUCGGCGGAUUACGAAACAAUGAUGUCGACAUCGGACGUUGAGCUAUUGAAGAGGGCGUGGCGUAACGAGAAGGCGGCGCCGGAGAUUCUUCAGUACGAAGGAGCUCUUGUCCAAAGAGCCAAAGAGCAGAUCGAAUUAGUGGAAGAAACAAUUGACGAUUAUGUGGAAAAUGGUAUAGACCCUUUGGUGGUUUCUCUUUACCAGAUGGAUUUGGACAGAACCCAGUUUCUACUCAGAUCAUAUCUCAGGGUUAGGCUGCUCAAGAUAGAGAAAUUUAUGUUUCACAAUCUCAAAUCAGAAGAAGCUGAAAGGCAGCUUUCUGAGCAAGAGAAAGUGUUUGCUACAAGGUGUGCUGAUGAUUUGGCAAAGCAUUUCGAAGAGAGUGUACUGCUUAAGUUGCCCGAGAAUUAUCAGUCGGUUCUCAAGCAAUCCCUUAUAAGUGAAGUGGAUGAUAUGGUGCCGCAGCCCCAUUUGGAUACCUUUGUUGUGUGUAAAAGCAAGAACUUUGUCUCCCUCAAUCUAUAUGAAGAAGGAGAGAGCCCUGAGACUGUGGAGAUGGAGCGCGGUGAUCUCUACUUUAUACGUUACAAGAUCGUAAAAGGAGCAAUCGAAUCUGGCCAAAUUGACUUGAUCUGAACUCAACAAUGGGUUUUUUUCACUCAAAUCUCUUUCUAUAUCCAUUAGGUGAAAGAUACUGCAACCAUUGUUAAUUUUGUAUGAACCCGAUUUGCUCGAGUUGUAUAGUGAAUUUUUCUAUAUUGUUUAAGUUUUAUAA